CCGGAAGGGGCGGUGUGGUGGCGGCUGUGAGGUGCUUGGCUCCAACUCCUGCGGCCGCUGCUGUCUGACCCGCUCUCCCGGACAAUUCUGCGUGCUGACUGCCUGCGCCAUGUCAUCCGUGAGCCCUAUUCAGAUUCCCAGCCGCCUCCCCCUGCUGCUGACCCACGAGGGCGUGCUGCUGCCGGGCUCCACCAUGCGCACCAGCGUGGACACGGCCCGCAACCUGCAGCUGGUGCGGGGCCGCCUGCUGAAGGGCACCUCGCUGCAGAGCACCAUCCUGGGCGUCAUCCCCAACACGCCCGACCCGGCCAGCGACACGCAGGACCUGCCGCCCCUGCACAGGAUUGGGACAGCUGCCCUGGCAGUUCAGGUCGUGGGCAGUAACUGGCCCAAGCCCCAUUAUACUUUGCUGAUUACAGGCCUAUGCCGAUUCCAGAUUGUCCAGGUCUUAAAAGAGAAACCCUAUCCUGUUGCUGAAGUGGAACAGUUAGACCGGCUUGAAGAAUUUCCCAACACUUGUAAAACUAGGGAGGAGCUAGGAGAACUGUCAGAACAGUUUUACAAAUACGCAGUACAGUUAGUCGAAAUGUUGGAUAUGUCUGUCCCUGCAGUUGCUAAAUUGAGACGUCUUUUAGAUAGUCUUCCAAGAGAAGCUUUGCCAGACAUUCUGACUUCAAUUAUCCGAACAAGCAACAAAGAGAAGCUCCAGAUCUUAGACGCUGUGAGCCUGGAAGAGCGGUUCAAGAUGACCAUCCCACUACUUGUCAGACAAAUUGAGGGCCUGAAAUUGCUUCAGAAAACCAGAAAACCCAAGCAAGAUGAUGAAAAACGAGUUAUAGCAAUACGUCCUAUUAGGAGGAUUACACAUAUCCCAGGCAUUUUAGAAGAUGAAGAUGAGGAUGAAGAUAAUGAUGACAUUGUCAUGCUGGAAAAAAAAAUAAAAACAUCCAGUAUGCCAGAACAGGCCCAUAAAGUCUGCGUCAAAGAGAUAAAAAGACUCAAAAAAAUGCCUCAGUCAAUGCCCGAAUAUGCUCUGACUAGAAAUUAUUUGGAGCUCAUGGUGGAACUUCCUUGGAAUAAAAGUACAACUGAUCGCCUGGACAUUAGAGCAGCCCGGAUUCUUCUGGAUAAUGAUCAUUAUGCCAUGGAAAAAUUGAAGAAAAGAGUUCUGGAAUAUUUGGCAGUUAGACAGCUGAAAAACAACCUGAAGGGUCCAAUUCUGUGCUUUGUUGGUCCUCCUGGAGUUGGCAAAACAAGUGUGGGAAGAUCUGUGGCCAAGACUCUUGGUAGAGAGUUCCAUAGGAUUGCACUUGGAGGAGUGUGUGAUCAGUCGGAUAUUCGAGGACACAGACGCACCUAUGUUGGCAGUAUGCCUGGUCGCAUAAUCAAUGGCUUGAAGACUGUUGGAGUUAACAACCCAGUGUUCCUGUUAGAUGAAGUUGACAAGUUGGGGAAAAGUUUACAGGGUGAUCCUGCGGCUGCGUUGCUUGAGGUGUUGGAUCCUGAACAGAACCAUAACUUCACAGAUCAUUAUCUGAAUGUAGCCUUUGACCUUUCCCAAGUUCUUUUUAUAGCUACUGCUAACACCACUGCUACUAUUCCACCUGCCUUGUUGGAUAGGAUGGAGAUCAUUCAGGUUCCAGGGUAUACACAGGAGGAGAAGAUUGAGAUUGCUCAUAGACACCUGAUCCCAAAACAGCUGGAGCAGCACGGGCUGACUCCCCAGCAGAUUCAGAUCCCUCAAGCGACCACACUUGCCAUCAUCACCAGGUAUACCAGAGAAGCAGGGGUUCGUUCUCUGGAUAGAAAAUUUGGGGCCAUAUGCCGAGCAGUUGCUGUGAAGGUCGCAGAAGGACAGCACAAGGAAGCCAAGCUGGACCGUUGUGAUGUGACUGAGGGAGAAGGUUGCAGAGAACAUGUCUUAGAAGAUGAAAAAGCUGAAGCUAUCAACGACACUACAGACUUGGCCUUACCGCCUGAAAUGCCGAUUCUGAUUGAUUUCCAUGCUCUGAAAGACAUCCUUGGGCCCCCCAUGUAUGAAAUGGAGGUAUCUGAGCGUUUGAGUCAGCCAGGAGUGGCAAUAGGUUUAGCUUGGACUCCAUUAGGCGGGAAAAUCAUGUUCGUAGAAGCAAGUCGGAUGGAUGGAGAAGGCCAAUUGACCCUGACUGGCCAGUUAGGAGAUGUCAUGAAGGAGUCUGCCCACCUUGCGAUUAGCUGGCUUCGUAGCAACGCAAAGAAAUACCACCUGACUAACGCCUUUGGAAGUUUUGAUCUUCUUGACAACACAGACAUCCAUCUGCACUUCCCAGCUGGAGCUGUCACAAAAGAUGGACCAUCUGCCGGUGUUACCAUAGUAACCUGUCUCGCCUCACUUUUUAGUGGGCGGCUGGUACGUUCAGAUGUAGCCAUGACUGGAGAAAUUACUCUGAGAGGCCUUGUUCUUCCAGUAGGUGGAAUUAAAGACAAAGUGCUGGCAGCCCACCGAGCAGGACUGAAGCAAAUCAUCAUUCCUCAAAGAAACGAAAAAGACCUUGAAGAAAUCCCAAGCAAUGUUAAACAGGACUUAAGUUUUGUCACAGCGAGCUGCCUAGAUGAAGUUCUUAAUGCAGCUUUUGAUGGUGGCUUUACUGUCAAGACCAGACCUGGUCUCAUCAAUAGCAAACUGUAGACCUAAAUCUUAAGCUGUUGGAAUUGUAAGCUAUGAAGUGCUAAGAUACUAACAAGGUUUGUCUUAUUCACAGCAGAGGAGUAAGGAAAAUGUCUUGUGAACACAUUCACAAUAAUAUUGAAUCUCACCAAAGGAAUGGCUAGUGCUUAUUACAAAAGACAUCAAUUUAAUAAACUGACAAAAGGGGAA